GACAUCGGGGCUAAAAGAGGCUUCUUUCCCCUUCCCCAAGCCACCAACAAACUCUAAUUCACCUCCCAGAUUCAUCACUUUCACAUAAGCAGCUCACAUUUCUCUCUCUCUAUAUAUCUGUUGACAUGUCGAUCUUUGAGUACAAUGGAAGUGCCCUAGUGGCAAUGGUGGGGAAGAAUUGCUUCGCGAUCGCGAGUGAUCGCCGGUUGGGAGUACAACUGCAGACAAUCGCCACGGAUUUUCAAAAAAUUUAUAAAAUCCACGAAAAGCUCUUCAUUGGUCUAUCUGGCCUGGCUACCGACGCCCAGACCCUGUAUCAGCGGCUUGUGUUUCGUCACAAGUUAUAUCAGCUUAGAGAAGAGAGGGACAUGAAGCCUGAAACCUUUGCUAGCCUCGUAUCUGCUAUUCUUUAUGAGAAAAGAUUCGGUCCGUACUUCUGCCAACCUGUAAUUGCUGGACUUGGAGACGAAGACAAGCCCUUCAUUUGCACUAUGGAUUCUAUUGGUGCUAAGGAACUUGCCAAAGAUUUUGUUGUUGCUGGAACGGCCUCUGAAUCGCUGUAUGGUGCCUGUGAAUCAAUGUUCAAGCCUGACAUGGAUGCUGAGGAAUUGUUUGAGACCAUCUCACAAGCACUCCUGUCAUCAGUAGACCGCGACUGUUUAAGUGGCUGGGGAGGGCAUGUCUAUGUCGUCACACCAACUGAAGUUACGGAGAGGAUCCUGAAGGGAAGGAUGGACUGAUUUUCCUCCAUGCAUGUUUGGAUACUUUGUGAUUCAGCUCCUGAGUGCCUGCUUUAUGGCGUUGACUCAGGUUACUUUGCCAAUUUGCUGAUAGAAUACUUUGUUGUUUGACAUGGAUGUAUACUUCAUCUCUAACUCUGGAUGUUUAUAUUGUCGAUGAGUAAUCUAUAUGAAUUUCUUGCAAAGAUGAGUGUGAUGUUAAGCAUACUAAGUUCAAAAGCUUUCGCAUCUUCUUUUUGACGA